UGACUGCAGUCUGCCACCCGCACACUCCAGCUCAUGGGCACCACACCCGAGACGUGGGUGGGUCACCUCUCCACGCGCCUGCGUGGCGGUCCUUUCGAGGCCUGGGAGGAUUUAUAUGCCUACUCCCUUCGUGAGGGUCGGACUCCGACCUUCGUGGAUUUCCAGGCGUUCCUCGAGGAUCGCUUCGGAGCCCGAUACGACGUGACUGACGCCUUCGAGCGUGUCGUCACUACACGCUGGUCCGACUCUGGUGGCGCUGCCGGCCUGGAUCGCCACAUCCAGGUCNUGACUGACGCCUUCGAGCGUGUCGUCACUACACGCUGGUCCGACUCUGGUGGCGCUGCCGGCCUGGAUUGCCACAUCCAGGUCUUUCAGGACGCCCGCCUCGUUUGUGACGUGGCGUUCCUCCCCGAGGCUGCCCUUAUCGAUCGUUUCUUGGCCAGCCUUCCGCUCGAGUACCGCUCCGAGCUAUGGCGGUACGAGUUCACAUCGGCCGCACAGGCUUACGAGGCCGCCAGGGACCACCAGCGGAUGCGAGCCCGUCUUCACCCCGCCUCCUCCUCCCAGCCCCAUCGCACAGGCUACGCCUCCUCCUCCUCUCACGGCACUUCCCAGCGCCGUUCCCCUUUCCGCGGUCGCCCCCGCCGUUCCACGCAGCAGGGCCGCCACUUCUCGCGCCGCUUCAACGCGCUGGAGUAUGGGUCUCCGACUCCCAUCUCCGUUACUCUAGGGGAUGACAAGACCCAGCGCUUCUUCGAUCAGACAGUCACCGACCUCCCCUUCUUCCUCACUCUCGAGCCGACUGAGCGUUCCCCGGCGUCUCGUCACCACCGCUCCUCUGCACAUUUCGAUGUGAAGGAGACGGGGUACGACUUCAUUCCCGGCACUCCGUGGUCUCGUCGGUUCCGCAGCACCGAGGCCGAUUGGGCGACCAACACUCUCGUUCUCAAAACGAAGUGUGGACAGACGUAUCGCGUACCUUUCAUAGGUAYCACGGCGACACCACGCCCCGAUYCUCCUCCCCCGGAGCCYUCAGUGYCCACACCAUCUCCCUCUMUCRCUGUCACCUCGCCUCGGCAGUUCGCUCACUUCAUUCGACAGGACGACGUCACCUUCUUUAUGGUGGACGUGACGGAUCUCUUACACUAUGAUCCACUCUGUCCCGACGACGAGCUCAUCCCUCUGGAGCCAGAUCCUCCCUCUAUCUCCAUGACUCCUAUCUCUACUUCCAUCCCUCCGCCGUCCGUCGAGUCCACCCCGCCGUCGCGCGCUGACGCUGACGCUGAGGAACUCGCACGAUAUAUGAAUGACUUGGAGCCCGCAGUUCGUGACCUCAUCCGAGAGUACCACAACGUUUUUCCAUCGUCGUUCUCAUACGCCGGCAUCCCACCGAUGCGUGACGUCGAGCACUCCAUUCAUCUCGUGCCUGACUAUCGUGUUCACCACCAGGCACCCUACAGACUCUCGAUCCCCGAGGCCACCGAACUCAAGCGUCAGCUUGAGGAGCUCCUGAGACUGGGUUUCAUUAAACCUAGCAACUCCCCGUGGGGUGCACCCGUCCUCUUUGCUCGCAAAGCGGAUGGAACUCUUCGUCUCUGCAUCGACUACCGCUGCCUCAACUGCUACACGGUUAAGAACAGCUACCCCAUGCCUCGUUCCGAUGAGCUGUUCGACCGCCUAGCAGGCAACCGCUUCUUUACGAAGAUUGAUCUUCGUAGCGGUUACCAUCAGAUUCACGUCGCUGCAGCCGACCAGCCGAAGACCGCGUUCCGAUCGCAAUUCGGCAGUUACGAGUUCACGGUGAUGCCAUUCGGCCUCACCAACGCACCCGCUACCUUCCAGCGGGCGAUGAACGACAUCUUCAGGGACAUCCUGGAGCAGUACGUUCUCGUCUACCUCGACGAUAUCCUAGUCUAUAGUCGUACCCUUGAGGARCACCUCAGACACCUCCGCGACGUCCUUGACCGCUUGCGCAGACAUGGCUUCUACGCCAAGCUAAGCAAGUGUCGCUUUGCCCAGCACAAAGUGGAUUUCUUAGGACACUACGUGUCUGACCAGGGUCUCCACAUGGACGACGCAAAGAUCACUGCUAUUGCGGAGUGGCCUGCUCCCACAUCCGCCGAGCAGCUUCGCAGCUUCCUAGGCCUGACAAGCUACUAUAUCCAUCUCGAUGGACUUUAUCGGUCCUCUUCGACAUUGACUCCCCACGGUCAUGAUGCUAUCAUGGUCGUCGUCGACCGUUUCACGAAGCGUGCACGCUUUGUUCCGUGCCGCUAUGCCAUCAGUGCACGUGAGGUCGCCGACAUAGUUCUGAGCAUCAUAUCUGAUCGUGACCCGCGCUUUACCAGCCGAUUCUGGCGACGGCUCCACGAGGUGUACGGCACUCAGCUCCGCUUCUCCUCGUCUUACCAUCCUCAGACUGAUGGUCAGACCGAGAUCACGAACAGGACUCUCGGGGAUAUUCUCCGAAAGAUUGUUCGUGACGACCAGCAUUGGGAUCUCCAUCUUGCCCACGCGGAGAUAGCCUACAACCACGCCGUCUCGCCAGCCACGGGGAUGUCGCCUUACCAUUGCGACCUCGGCUAUCACCCGCGUGUUCCCGCGGACUUCCUUCGACCGUCCCAGAUGCACCCCGACACAAGUUGUCCCGCGCUGGAUGAUUGGGUUGCACACAUGACGUCGAUUAUGAAGACCGCACAUGAGCACAUAGCCGCUUCCCAGACUCGCAUGGCAGCACGUGCGAACCGAUCGAGGAUGGAUCACCCAUUCAAGGUCGGUGAUGAUGUGCUUAUAGACGCCCGCCACUUACAGCUCGAAGCGGACACGCUUCGCAAGUUUCGGCGUCGCUUCUUUGGCCCAUGCCGCAUCCUCCAGGCCGUCGGUUUUGAUACGACAUCUAGCCCGGUCAGCUUUCGUGUGAAGCUGCCCGACUACCUACGCCAGACUCGUGUGCAUGAUGUUUACCACGUCUCGUUACUGCGUCCUUACCGCAGACCGUCUGAGCGUUUCGCUGGACAACCAUACGAGCGCCCUCCACCCAUCAUGGUGGACGGCCACGAGGAGUUCCUUGUUUCAGACAUCAUUGGUCGUCGAGUCACUGACGACAACCCUCCCCACGUCGAGUAUCUCGUACGUUGGAAGGGUUACCCUGAUGAGGAGGCUACCUGAGAGCCCCUCGAGCACUUGCAGCACGCUCG